AUGCGGCAGCCCCUCCCGGACAUUCACGGCAAGGGCCGCACAUUCUCCGCCCCCAACGAGGCCGAGUUCCGCCAGCGGGAUCAGUGGCGGACGGUGCACCGCGUGUGCGGCAGCGCCGUGAGCCACGACGGGUACCUCAAGAUGCUGCAGGGUGUGCGGCAAAACUUCCUGCGGCGGGCGGUGUACAACCCGAAGGACCGACUUCCACUCAUCACGCGCCCCCGCCUGAUAUCGGAGGCAAACGCGGUGAACGGUGCUGACGCAACGCGCUUUUCGCAGGGUCUUUGCUUCAAAACCGAGGGCAGUGGCAUCGUGCUCCACGCGCCCUCGCUGGCGGAGCGUCUGCCGCCGCUCUGCGUGCUGGAGGAGGAGGAGCGGCGGCACCUGGUGGACACGGAGAUGUGGGAGCGGCAGGUGUUGAGCCAGAUGAUGGUCGUGAGCUACGUCACGUUUGUCUUGCGGGAGGAGUUGGACGCGUUGCACUUCUGCGAGUGCGAGCAGCGCUCUAACAUCCUCUACGAAGAGGAAAAGAAGCGCUACUGGCUGCAAAAUGAGUCGGAUGCAAGCAAGGAGCUCGUGCGGUUCAAGGCCGCUCUGCGCGCAAAGGAAGAGAAGCAGCGGCGGUUGGAGGAGGCGGAUGUGUUGUACCCAGUGGCCUCCUCGGCCCGCCCGCGCUACGUCUGUCAUCCGCCGCAGAAGGAACCGGACGCGCGCAACAUUCUCCAGCGAUACGUGAGGCUGAAGCACGGCACCCACGCCCCCGCCGCUCGGUUCUCCGACCCGCAUCCCCUUGAACAGUCACGCGGGGAGCAAGAGCAGCGGAGUGACGUGCUCCCGGCGCUCUCGCAGUCUUUUCACGCGCCUCGUUUUACACUGCGCAGUGCCGUGCGCAAUACCCUUGGCAUCGCGGCCUAUGUUGCUCUCCUGGAGAAGGAUAUGCAGGCCCGCAGUAUAAUUGACGAGUGCGAACAAAAUGAGUUUCGGGGCAUCAUGGAGCUGUUCGAAGAGCAGAGCUUUCUCCUUCGCACGUGGCGGCACAAGCGCAUGCACCUAAAGCGUCUGCUUUAUUGGCAGGGGCAACGCGAGGAACGGCGCCAGCAGGUUCAGCUGGCGUUGGAGCAGCAUGCAAUGACGGCCAAGCCACGCACCGCCGCUGAGCGUGCCGAGUUAGCGGUGCAGGAGGAGGAUGAGCGUGAGCGGAUACACAUCGAGGAGUCCAUCUGUCGCGGUCUGCUGCAAAGGUUGUACACUGGCGCCUCCAUGGAGGCGAGGCUCAACGCUGCUAUGGAGGAACACGAAAGAAGUCGUGCCGCGCUUGAGGAGGAUGAGGCCAUUGCCCGUCAAAUGUGGAUGCAGCAUCUGGAGCUGGCCCUCCGUGCGUCCUUGGCGCGAGCGUACGAGGCGGCGAUGGGCACGAUUAUGCCCUCACAGAUUGCCCUCCUGCGGCUCCUGCAGGAGCACCAGGGCGCUCACGCGGGUCAAAUUCUCACAAUUCAGCGCGCCUUCCGCCGCUGGAAGGGGGGGCGGCUGGGCUGGCGCUUCACCCACCGCGAGGUUGGGCGGAGCAUCCAGGCAGCUCGUGACGCGAAGAAGAUUCAGCGCGGAGUGGAGUCGUUGCGUGCCUUCAAGCUGUCUCUGCUGGCGGACUGCAGGGCCGUGGAGGAGGAGCUGCGCGCCGUACACGAGGCGGAGCGAGUCGGCCUCUGUGAGAAGGAAUUUAUGCACCGCGUCGUGAUCAACUCUCAGGAGGAGUGGGAGGUGGCUGCGCUGCUUCGCCAGCGUCGACAGAGUUUUAUCGAUGACAUUAUUCGGCCAAAGAGGACCCAAUGCAUUGAGGAGGAGGUGAACCUCCGCCGUGAGUUGGACGUCAGGGAGGAGUUUGAGUGGCACCGCGACUGUUCCCUCUUCUACAGGCUCCUGCACGUCAUGAAGCAAAAGCGGCUGCUGGGGGAGCACGAGGAUGCCGAGCGGGUGCUUGCCACCGUCGACGAGGCGGCCGCGUUUCGCGGUAUACUGGACGCGGAGCUUGACGAUCGCGAGGUCCUGCGCAUCACGGCCGUGGAGCGGGAGAGGCAGCGGCAGGAGGAACGCCGGGCGCUGGCCGCCUCCCUCCUUGCAAUGCGGCAGGAGGAGCAGCGAGGGCACGCAGAGAAGAUUGCUCAACUCUUGAUUCGCUGUAAGGCGGGGGUUCUCGAGCUCGAGUCCACAGAUCCGUCACUGCGAAAUGGGCUUUUGAGGGAAUUUCUAGCGGGUCGGCUUCAUCUGCUGGAGGUGGCAACGCUGCAGUUUCACAAGGCGUGCGCCGCCGCCCUGCAGCGCGAGCACGACGACUUGCUCCACGCCGCCCGCCUGGGUCUCCUCCUCGGGGGUGAAGAGGUGGCCCGCCGCGGGCUCGCGCGCGCAGAGCAGGACGCAGUGGCCGAGAUUGUCGAAGACAUGGAACGCAAAACAGGCGCGGAGCUGCGGCGGCUUCAGACUGAGACCAGAAGCGCCAACGUGAUAAAGAACUUCUACCGCCGUUACAGGAAGGGCGAGGUCGGAAGAACGGGCAUACAAAGUUUUUUGCGAGAGGCCUUUGCCGAGAAACGUGAGAGGGUGCAACUGAUGCGGGCACAUGAGUCACAGCGGCAGGAUAUUCAGCGUUGCAGGGACAGUCUUGAGGCGGAGCUGCGAGGCGCCUGCAGUGCGAAGCAAAGGGCCAUUGAAUUGGAGAUGCGUGUGCUGGAGGAGAAAACGGAGCCGCGGGAACGCGCCGAGGUGGAGAAGAUGGAACGCAUGUUGUUUGCCAUCAUCUCGCGCAACCGCCGCACCAGCAGCUUCGCCUCGGAAGGGGACCCCGUGGCGCUCCUCUGGCAGCUAGAGUCCUACGAGCGUGUCUCCAUCACGCGCGAGUGGCUCAUGAGCUUCGAGAAAGUCUUUGAACCCAAAAAAGCCAACCUUCUUCUGGAGUUGAAGGCCUCCAAGUUGCAACGCUUAUGGCGCUCCUACGCAGAGCGCAAGCGGCGGCAGAUUUUCGCGCGGGAGCGCACCGUGCAGCUUCUGCAGGAGGAGGCACGCUGCCGCGCAGAGCUGGAGCGGCUGGAGAUGGAUCGGCGCGUGUGCGAAGUGCUGAAGCCGAUGGAGGGGUGUGCGCUGCUGCGGGGGUAUUUGCUACACGACGCCCCCUCCUUUUUGGCGCGCCUCUGCUUUGACGUCGCCCUGGAGGCGGGGGUCUUCGAGGAGGAGUGGCGGAACCGCAUGCUGCUGCUGUGGCGCAUGCGGCACAGCGCCUUCGAGAGCGCCGUGGCGCGGGAGGAGGCCUCCGAGCGGGCGGAGAUGCAGCAGUCCUACUUCCUUGCCGGGGUGGAGCAGGUGCAACUUGUCGCGGAUGAGGGCGUCUUCCGUGACGCACUCUGGAACGAGCGCCUCUAUUUUCUUCUGCGCAUGCUGGCAAGGGCGGAGCGUGAGCAGCGCAUGACACUCGAGAUGGACGCCAACAAACACGUGCUCGACACCGCAGAAACUAAGGCACGGCGCAACCUCCACGCCGCGUACUACAAUAGCCUCGCAGGAAACAUUUGCGUCAACCUCGCAGCCCAGUUAGCAGCCGCCAUUGAGCAGGAAGAGGCAAGGGCGCGACAGGCAAUCAUGGAACUAAUACGCGAGAAUAAAAACCUAAUAACGCGUCGGCAGGGUAAAGCAAAUGAAGAAAACGAUAGAGACACCGGUAUAUCUAACAACAUUAUCGCAAACAGUAAAGCAAUGUCUCCCACGGAGGAAACUGGGCCGUCCGCCGGAAGGACUGCGGAACAGUGGCAGGAGCUGGAAGCCAAGAGCGCAGCAGCCGUCGUGCCGGGUGAGGCGAGGCCGGUUGUGAAGGCUGCCACGGAGGAAACUGGGCCGUCCGCCGGAGAGACUGCGGAACAGUGGCAGGAGCUGGAAGCCAAGAGCGCAGCAGCCGUCGUGCCGGGUGAGGCGAGGCCGGUUGUGAAGGCUGUCACGGAGGAAACUGAGCCGUCGCCGGAAAGACUGCGGAACAGUGGCAGGAGCUGGAAGGCCAAGGAGCGCAGCAGCCGUCGUGCCGGG